AUGGCAAACCACAAAGCCGUCCUACUUUUCGAAGAGAUCGAGCGUGAUCUAGUCCGACAUGGUGUCACCGAAAAGAAAUUGAACGAGGAAGUCUAUCAGUUAGGACUCGACCGCUAUGGCAUCAAGACGCAUUGGCACAAACGAGUCAUCCGCGGUGGACCAAACACUCUCAGUCCCUUCUCCGAGAACCCACCGGAUCGUGUUAUCCAACCAGAUGAUAUACUAGUCGUGGAUUUGGGGCCUGUUUUCGAGGCCUAG